AUGGCAAGACCAACCAACUCCGCUUACACAGUGGUUUUCGCCAUGGCACUGUUCUCCAGGUGCUACAUAAUGGCCGCCUCCAGCGCCAUACCCACCGGACAGCAGGAUGAAGGAUGGACAGAGCAGGACUUCAAUACAGCCAUGGGUGGAGAGACCAUGCCGGGGAACUCCAUCGGCGCCCUGGCCACCAUCCAGAACCCAACCUGGGACAGUGGCCUGUUUGAGAGGAAAAAGGUCUUCAUCAUCACAAAUUUUGGUCUUCAGAGCUCAGACCUUCUUCAAGCACAACAGUUCCCACACACGCAGGAAGCAGGAGCCACCUCAGAUGAACAGAUCAACAUCAAGUUGCGCAGAGGGGCAGAUGAGCAAAUCCCCAAGAAGACAGACAUGCACAACUGCAUGCUGGGAAGAAUGUACAGACCCUGCUGGCAGCAGUAGGAGAGACGACGGAAAUCUGGCAGCCCGUGUCUGGUGCUCUUCAUAAAACACUCAUGAUAUUCCACAGAGGAGUCCUGAC